CACAAAGGAAAACCCUCAAUGGGGAAAUAAACAUAAACAGAGAGCAUGGGCAGGGACAGCAUACCAGGCUAAACAACAUUCAACGAUAGACAAGGACUGAACAAAGAACCAGGGUAUAAAUACAUGAACAUGGGACAAAGGGGCCAAUGAACAAACAGAACUCAAAACAAGAUAACAAGGUGAUAGACAGAAACCAAUGGUAAACUAACGAGGGCAGGUGAAAACAAUGAACGGAGAACACGAACGCUAACAGGGAGACUGUGGAGCUACAAAAGGGACAAAAGUGAAAACUAAGGAAUUACAAAAGUGACAAAAAUGGUAAACAAAGGGCAACGGUAAAACAAGACAAGGUAUACGUAACAGAGCCCCCCCUCAAAGGAUCGGAUCCCAGACGAUCCUAAAGAAAACAAAACCAAAGACAAGAAACCCACAGGAAACAAAAUGAUGACACCAGGAGCAGACAGGCAGACCAGGGGGGGCACAAGAGCAAGAAGGCAGUCCAAGGGGCACAGAGGGCAGGCAGGAAGUCCAAGGGGGGCAACGAGGGGAAAUGAGACAGUCCACGGGGGCACAAAGGGAAAUGAGACAGUCCAUGGGGCCAGUUAUGCAGUCCCUGGGGGCACAAAGGGACAGGUUUAGGGGGCCAGGGAGGUAUCGACCGGGGGCAGGUUUAGAUGGCCCGGGGGCUGGCCAUAAGGCAAGGACCGGCUCAGGGAGCCUAGGAGGAGGCCACAGGACAGAGGCCGGUUUUGGUGGCCUGGGAGAUGGCCGUGGGCCAAGGGCCGGUUCAUGGGACCUGGGAGGUGGCCACAGGACAGUGGCCGGUUUUGGUGGCCUAGGAGAUGGCCAUGGGGCAAGCACCGGUUCAGGGGGCCUGGGAGGAAGAUUGGCCACUGGGGGAGCCGGCGGAGCUGAGGGAGGCCCGGGAGGCGGAGCCGAGGGUGGCGAAGGCGAGGGAGGUUCAGGGGGCGGAGCCGGGAGAGGCUCGGGAGGCUCAGGAGGUGGAGCUGAAGGAGACUCUGGAGGCGGAGCUGAGGGAGGCUCAGGAGGUGGAGCCGGGGGAGGCUCAGGAGGUGGAACUGAAGGAGGCUCAGGAGGCAGAGCCGUAGGACGCUCUAGAGGCGUAGCCCUAGAAGGCUCUGGAGUCUCUGGGCGCAGAGCCGUAGGAGGCUCGGGAGGCGGAGCCGUAGGAAGCUCGGGAGGCGGAGCCCUAGAAGGCUCGGGAGGCUCUGGAGGCGGAGCCGUAGGAGGCUCGAGAGGUGGAGCCGUAGGAUGUUCGAGAGGCGGAGCCCUAGAAAGCUCUGGAGUCUCUGGGUGCAGAACCGUAGGAGGCUCGGGAGGCGGAGCCGUAGGAGGCUCGGGGAGAAGGGCCGUGGAAGACUCGAGAGGCUCUGGAGGCGGAGCCCUGGAAGGCUCGAGAGGCGGAGCCCUGGAAGGCUCGAGAGGCUUGAGGGGCGGGGCCCUGGAAGGCUUGAGGGGUGGAGCCCUGGAAGGCUUGAGGGGCGGAGCUCUGGGAGGCUCGAGAGACUUGAGAGGCGGAGCCCUGGAAGACUCGAGCGAAUUGAGGGGCGGAGCCCUGGGAGGCUCGAGAGGCUUGAGGGGCGGAGCCCUGGAAGGCUCGAGAGGCGGAGCCCUGGGAAGCUCGGGAGGAGCUCUGGGAGGCUCGAGAGACUUGAGAGGCGGAGCCCUAGGAGGCUCGGGAGGAGGAGCCCUGGGAGGCUCGAGAGGAGGAGCCCUGGGAGGCUUGAGAGGCGGAGUCCUGGAAGACUCGGGAGGCGGAGCUCUGGGAAGCUCGAGAGGAGCCCUGGAAGACUCGGUAGGCAGAGCUCUGGAGAGCUCGGGAGGCUCGGAAGGCGGAGCUCUGGAAAGCUCGGAAGGCGGAGCUCUGGAAAGCUCGGGAGGCGGAGCUCUGGAAAGCUCAGGAGGCUCAGAAGGCGGAGCUCUGGGAAGCUCGGAAGGAGGAGCUCUGGAAAGCUCGGGAGGCGGAGCUCUGGAAAGCUCAGGAGGCGUUGGUGCUUGGACGGUCAUGGCUCCAGGCGCUGGCCCAGGGAUGGUCGGGGCUACAGGCGCUGGCUCAGGGACGGUCGAGGCCACAGGCGCUGGCUCAGGGACGGUCGAGGCUACAGGCGCUGGCUCAGGGACGGUCGAGGCUACAGGCACUGGCUCAGGGACGGUCGAGGCUACAGGUGCUGGCUCAGGGACGGUCGAGGCUGCAGGCACUGGCUCAUUGACGUCUGAGGCUACAGGCGCUGGCUCGUGGACGGUCGAGGGCUCAGGCUCGCUCACCGUGGCUGACGAGGACUCAGGCUCGCUCACAGUGACAUGCGUGGGCUCUGGCUCGCUCACCGUGACAUGCGUGGGCUCUGGCUCGCAGACCGGGGCAGGCGUAGGCGCUGGAUUGCUGACCGUGGCAGGCGUAGGCUCGCUGACCGUGGCAGGCGUAGAGAGCCCAGAGGCGGGAGCCGGGAUCGAGAGAGGAGGUUCCCCGGCAGCGAAUUCCUCCACGACGAGACUCAUAUAUUCCUGCCAGGUGUAGUCUCCAAUCUCCGGCAAAUCAUAACACCGGUGUUUAGGUACACCAAUCCUGUAAACGGUCUUCAGGAGGUUGUCAUCCCAACCGGUGUGGCCGGCCACUUAGGAGAAAUAGUGGGAGAACUCACGGAUGUUUAGAUCCAUUCGUGUCAGUUCCACGAAGAAAGCCGCUGGAUCCAUUUUGGUCUAUCGUUCUGUAACGAAUGAGCAGCGAAGGCAGACGAGGAGAUGUGGAUCCAGAUGCAGCUUAACUUUAUUAAAGAAGUCAAACGAAUACACACAAAGGAAAACCCUCAAUGGGGAAAUAAACAUAAACAGAGAGCAUGGGCAGGGACAGCAUACCAGGCUAAACAAUAUUCAACGAUAGACAAGGACUGAACAAAGAACCAGGGUAUAAAUACAUGAACAUGGGACAAAGGGGCCAAUGAACAAACAGAACUCAAAACAAGAUAACAAGGUGAUAGACAGAAACCAAUGGUAAACUAACGAGGGCAGGUGAAAACAAUGAACGGAGAACACGAACGCUAACAGGGAGACUGUGGAGCUACAAAAGGGACAAAAGUGAAAACUAAGGAAUUACAAAAGUGACAAAAAUGGUAAACAAAGGGCAACGGUGAAACAAGACAAGGUAUACGUAACACAUUAAUUCUGACUAUAU